GACAGGUAAGAACACUUUAUGUGAUUUCUACCUCUCUGACUUCACGGGAGUCUAACCGAGCUCCAAGAGGAGAGAGGGGAGGGGGGGGGACAGCCAUGGCCGAGUCCCAGCUCACGUGCAUGGAGGACGGCCACAUCGGAGCCAAAGUCCCGGAGUCCAAACCGGAGUUCUACUACAGCGAGGAGCAGCGCGCGGCCGUCGAGGAGCUGCUGAAGAACGGCGACGGGGCCUUCAAGACGCGCCUGGAGGGCGACCACAUGAAGGACUUCCUGUCGGCCCGAGAGGUGAAGCUGGUGGUGAGCUCCUUCCAGCAGUACGACCUGCACGGAGAGCCGCCCGGGCCGGACGCGCAGCCGGACGGCACCGACGCGGACUCGGGGGUCCACUCCACCUACUGGCCCCAGAUGUCGGACACCGAGGUGCCGCCGCUGGACAUCGGCUGGCCCGGCGGGGGGUUCUUCCGAGGGGUCACCCGGGUGGCCGUGCACACGCACCCCCCCAAAGAGAACGGACCUCACAUCAAGGAGGUGGUGCGGCGCCUCAUCCAGGAGGCCAGUAAGGUCAUCGCCAUCGUGAUGGACAUGCUCACGGACGUCCAGAUCCUGCAGGACCUGAUGGACGCGGCCUCUCGGCGCUCCGUGCCCGUUUACAUCCUGUUGGAUCUCAAAGGCGUGCCGCACUUCCUGGACAUCUGCUCCCGGCUGCAGAUCGGCUCACAGCACCUUCGGAACAUCCGAACCAGAACUCUUGAGGGAACUGGCUUCGGCUUGUCCUUCGGCAGACUUCCCGGUUCCCUCUGUAACAAGUACAUGCUGGUUGACGGGGACAAGGUCGUGUUUGGCUCGUACAGUUUCUCCUGGUGUACCUCCCGUAUGGACCGGAACAUGAUCACCGUGAUGACGGGGCAGGUGGUCGACUCCUUUGACAGCGACUUCCGCGAGCUCUACGCCGUCUCUGAGAAGCUGGACCUCUACAAGGAGUUCCACGUCGGCCCGCCGGCCGCCAACGCGCCGACCCGCGCCAGAGUGGGCACCGUGCGGCCGCCUCUACCGGCGACCACGUCCCGCUUCCAGGUGAGCCUCGGGGAUUCACGUAAAGCCGCCAUCCAGGUGCCGGCGCACAAAUACUACAACCCCAAAUACUCACUGGCGUAUGGGGACGUCCCACGUCCACCGGGGUCCCUGCAGGACCCGGGACCCACGAGAGCGGCGGCUCUGGCCGAGGUUCCUGAGGAGAUGGACCCGGGUAGGCCGCGAGUGACCAGCAGUUUGAAGCAGGACCGGAUGAGUCCGCUGCCCUCGGAGGACCCCAGCAAAAGCUUCAAGAAGCCCAACAGAGUCACGCUGGACAAGAAGGGGCGAGCCGGAUGGAUGGAGAGGUUCUCCAAGAGGAAACAGUCCAGCAAAGACAUUUUAGACAGCCUGGAGGGCAGCAGUGCGUUCCCUUCACCGAGAGAAACCGACAGGACGGAGGAGAACCAGGACGACUUUGAGGUUGUCGUGAAAUCUCCAUCCAGAUGGAAGAUUAAGAAUCCAACUAAACUGGGCCAGAGGACGAACUCUGAGCAAACUGUCAACACGGCCCAGGACCCGGAGGGGGUUAAAGGUCGUCGUCAGGCCAAAGAAUGCAGCGUGUCCUGAGGGGGUCCAGGGUCCGGUCCUCCAGAUUACAGAGCGCCUCCCUUCACGCUGGCCUUCGACUGAGCGGAAAAGACCAAAUGAAUGUACUCGUCUAGUUUUCAUGUGUUUGGUGAGCUUGGGGAUGCAUGUCGCCCUGAUGGGGUCCAGAGAGGUUCAAUGAGAUCCGGAUCCAGCUGGUCGUGUUUGCUUUGGUGUUCAGGGACCAGAGACUCUAAAGGAAGCAUUCCCCAUGUGUGUGCAAUACUGUUCUGCUCUCAAUUAUCUGUGAAAUAAUAAUGCAUAGUGUUUAUUUCAAUGUCCUUUUGACACAUGUUUAAGUUAUGGGGAUCUCAAUAUUGAUUUUAGAUAAG